AUGGAAGAACACCAACUUAGAAGAUAAAGAGAUAGUGUUAUUUCUUAUACUCACUCAACAGAUAACGGAAAGAGUUUGGUGGUUUCUACUUCAAAGGACGAUGUUUCUACUUUGGAGAAUUAUCAAGAUAGUUUUCACCAGAAUGCUAAAUUGAUCAAAAUCCAAUAAUAGAAUCUACUUCAAAGAAUCAGACAAUUUUCAGGACUGAUAGCGCUCUGCACUCAUACUCAAUUUUAAAAGAAGCUUGAGAAGUAUGUAGAUAGCACUGAUAAACUAAGGAAGUAGGUAUUGAAAUUAAAUCCUCAGGCAGAAAGUUAUAAUGACAUUGUUUCUACAAUAGCUAUCAGAGAAUCUUAGGUAUAGUCUCUGACAAAAGACUAUACUAAUAACUCUUCAUCAAACUCUCCAUUUAAAUUUAGCAACAGUGUUAUAGGCAGCAGUGAAGAUUAGAAUAAUGGAGUUUUUGAGUACGAGAACAAGUUUUCAAAACUGGUUGAGUAGUAUGAAUAUGACGUGAUUUCAAAUGAAAUCAAUGAAGAUCAGAAAUACUUCAACGGACUGAAAACUAUGAUUAUAGAGGAGUUAAAGUAAUAUGAGGGAAUAAAAGAACUUGAAAAAUAAGAAGAAUUAGAAUUUGAGUUAAUUCUUCAUUAUUUGCAGUUUGAAGAAUCGACUUAGCGAUACAUAGACAUCUACAAGGCAUCAGCCCUAUUUAAUAAAAACAGGUAUUUAUACAGGACUAAGUAUUAGAAGCAGAUAUUACAGAAAGUCAAAGAUUGCUGCAUUAAACUCACAAAACUGAAACACGUCUGCAAUUUCUACGAUGACAUCAUUAAUAGCUAAGCAACGGAUAUAGAUGAUAUGAACAAAGAGAUCUAGAUGUUUACGAUUGCAUAACCAAAGCAUUAAGCUAAAAUAGAGACUUUAUAUUAGCAACUAAAAUAAGAAAUUUUACAGCUUCAACAAUAAUCAUUUUCUAUAUACAAGGAUUUAGAGAAUUAUAAUACAAAAAUAGGUGAGCUGGUCAGAUAAAAUCUUAAUAUUAAGCAAGCUAAACUCUAAUUUUAAAAACUUGAUAAUCAACUUAAUGAAUAAGAAAGCAUUAUUAAAUCAGAGAUCGAAUAAAAAGCUAGAACACUGUUCCUACUAUUUAAUUAAUUAAGAGAUGAGUUAGCAAGAUCUGAUCUAUAUAAAUAAAUUGAGAGCUAAUUAGAAAAAAAUUAGUAAAUCACAACAGACGCAGCUCUCUAUGGGUUUGAUACUACAAAAGGAAUGGAAAUUGAAAAAGAUCUCUUGAUGUUAGGGGAAGAGUUUGAAAAGGUUGAGGAAGAGAAGGGAUUCCUGGAAGUUGAGGAUGAAGACUUGUUUAUUCGCAUGUUCCAGCACUACGCGGCACAAAUUUAUGAUCAUGAAGAUUCUAUUAACCAAUAAAAAAAUGCUAGUUUCCUCAAUCAAAGAACAUAGGACUUUAACAAUAUUUUGGAGCAAUUUUAAUCAUUAGAGAACUAGAUCAUUCAAGUUAAAAACAACCUUCUCGAAUUGUAGACCUCUUUUACCACCAAACUUACUGAACUCAGGAAAACUUAUAGUGAGUCAAACCAUAACUAUUCAUAAAGAUUAUUUGCUUUAUUCAAAAGGAUAACAAAACUAAAUGACAAUUUUAGAAAGAUUCAGGACAAUAAGGUUUAGGAUUGCUAUACAUAUACUUAUGAGUAGUUGAUAGAGUAGAAAUUGAAUUUAAGCUAAGACAUUGAUGGUAGUUUAAUUGAUGUCGGAUAAGUUAAAGAGGAGCUGAAAGCAAUUGCAUAGGAAAGUGAUGAGGUUAAAGUCUUUAUUAAACAACUUGAAUUUAUGAUAUUUAGCUCCCCUUCCAGUGAAAUUAUGCUUUAGCCUUUAGUUCUUGGAGAUUAGUUUACUAAGUAUGAUAAGAAACUUUAUGAAAUUUUGAAUGAUGAAUAAGACAAUUUCCAUCAACAGAACUAACAUGUUUAGUAGCCUAUUUUAUACCAAAUGCAAGUAAUGAAUGAUAUGACUUCUCCUUCGAUCAAAGAUCUUAAGAAGACUAAGUCCUCAUAGAAUUUUGGUAUUUAUUCAAUCCUGGGAUAUACUGGAUGCCAAGGAAUUCAAGGAUUACUCUUGGGGUUAGAAGAUUACAACCAAUUCAAGCUCAAAUUUCUAGAUGAUGAAGAGCAUCUUGCUAUUAAAAUGAGAUCUGGAUUCUAUAUGAGAAUUGACAAGCUAGGCUUUUACAAGGAUGAACUCCAAUUACCUCAAAAGUAUGGAUUUAGUGUGAUCAAUUUGAAAAAAUAAAAAUGA